CCGCGGCGAGCCCAGACCACAGGCACUGCCUCUGACUCGCAGUCUCACACCCACGUAGGAGGCAGAUAUAAAACAGCGCCGUUAUGUUGUGGACAGCGAGUCAAGUCCUUAGGAAAUUCUCCACCACGUCCCAUUAUUAUCAGAAUAAGCUCAAACUAGCUAUAAUUGGGCAGAGCCUGUUCGGCCAGGAGGUCUACAGCAACCUGAGGAAGCAGGGUCACAAGGUGGUGGGUGUGUUCACAGUUCCGGACAAGGAUGGCAAGGCCGACCCCCUAGCGGUGGCAGCAGAGAAAGAUGGGACACCAGUGUUCAAGUUCCCGAGGUGGAGGGUAAAGGGGAAGCCCAUCCCGGAAGUGGUGGAGGCCUACAAGGCAGUAGGUGCUGAGCUCAACGUCAUGCCCUUCUGCUCCCAGUUCAUCCCCAUGAACAUCAUCGACCACCCCAAGCACGGCUCCAUCAUCUACCACCCCUCCAUCCUGCCCCUGCACAGAGGGGCCUCGGCCAUCAACUGGACCCUGAUCCAGGGUGAUAAGAAAGCUGGCUUCACGGUGUUCUGGGCCGAUGACGGACUGGACACUGGGCCGAUCCUGCUGCAGAAAGAGUGUGCCGUUGAGGCCAAUGACACCGUGGACACAUUGUACAACCGGUUCCUCUUCCCGGAGGGCAUCAAGGCUAUGGUGGAAUCAGUGCAGCUCAUCGCUGACGGAAAGGCCCCUCGAGUUCCCCAGACAGAGGAAGGAGCGAGCUAUGAAGGCAUUCAGAAGAAAUCCAAUGCCAAGGUUAACCUGGCCCAGCCAGCUGAGGCCAUCCACAACUGGAUCCGUGGCCAUGACAAAGUCCCCGGGGCUUGGACCGUCAUUGAUGGUCAGUCUGUCACCCUUUAUGGCUCAUCCAUGUUGGGGGGGUCUGCAGCAGCUGGCCAGCCCCUAGAGCUUGAGGGGGCUUCCCAGCCUGGCCUUGUCACCAAGAAUGGGCUCGUCCUGUACGGAACCGACGGAAAAGCACUCCUGGUAAAGAACUUGCAGUUUGAAGAUGGAAAGAUGAUCCCUGCUUCCAAAUACUUCUCGUCCGGAGAGAGCUCCAGCGUGGAGCUGACCGACGAUGAGAAGAAGAUGGCAGAAGAGAUCAGGAACAUCUGGAAGGGCAUCCUCAGCAACGUACCAGCUGUCGAGGACACCACCGACUUCUUCAAAUCCGGAGCGGCCUCCAUGGAUGUGGUCAGGCUGGUGGAGGAGGUGAAGCAGAAGUGUGCCGGCGUCCAGCUGCAGAACGAGGACGUGUACAUGGCCACCACCUUCCAGGACUUCAUCCAGAUGUUUGUCCGCAAGCUGAGGGGAGAGGACCAGGAGGAGGAGCUGGUCAUCGACUAUGCAACCAAAGAAGUGAACAACAUGACUUUGAAAAUGCCAUACCAGUGUUUUAUCAACGGCAACUUUGAGGAUGCAGAAAGUGGCAAGACCUAUGAUUCCAUCAACCCUACUGAUGGCUCUGUGAUCUGUAAGGUGUCCUACGCCUCAGUGGGGGAUGUUGAUCGGGCAGUGGCUGCUGCCAAAGAAGCUUUUGAUAAUGGGCCCUGGGGCAGGAUGAACCCCAGAGACAGGGGAAGUCUGCUUUACAAGCUUGCAGACCUGAUGGAGGAACACCAGGAGGAGCUGGCCACAAUCGAGUCCAUCGACUCAGGAGCUGUGUACACCCUGGCCCUCAAGACGCACGUGGGCAUGUCCAUCCAGACCUUCCGCUACUUUGCCGGCUGGUGCGACAAGAUCCAGGGCAAGACGAUCCCCAUCAACCAAGCCAGGCCCAACCGAAACCUGACCUUCACCAAGAAAGAGCCUCUGGGUGUGUGUGCCAUAGUCAUCCCAUGGAACUACCCUCUUAUGAUGCUGGCAUGGAAGAGUGCAGCAUGCUUGGCAGCUGGAAACACACUGGUUCUCAAACCUGCACAGGUCACUCCUCUGACAGCCCUGAAGUUUGCAGAACUUUCGGUGAAAGCCGGCAUCCCAAAAGGAGUCAUUAACAUUUUGCCUGGCUCUGGUGGCAUGGUGGGACAGCGUCUGUCCGACCAUCCAGACAUCCGCAAGCUGGGCUUCACCGGCUCCACGCCUAUCGGCAAACAGAUCAUGAAGAGCUGUGCACUCAGUAAUCUGAAGAAGGUUUCUCUGGAGCUGGGGGGCAAGUCCCCUCUCAUCAUCUUCAGUGACUGCGACAUGGACAAGGCUGUGCGAAUGGGCAUGAGCUCCGUGUAUUUCAACAAGGGCGAGAACUGCAUUGCGGCCGGACGUCUGUUUGUGGAAGAGUCCAUUCAUGAUGAAUACAUCAGCCGGGUGGUGGAGGAGAUCAAGAAGAUGAAGAUCGGAGACCCCCUGGAUCGCUCCACAGACCACGGCCCCCAGAACCACAAAGCUCACCUGGACAAGCUGCUGGAGUACUGCGAGGUGGGACUGAAGGAGGGAGCCACGUUGGUGUAUGGAGGGAAACAGGUGGACAGGCCAGGAUUUUUCAUGGAGCCUACUGUGUUUACUGACGUGGAGGACCACAUGUUCAUCGCCAAAGAGGAGUCCUUCGGCCCCGUCAUGGUGGUGUCCAAGUUCAAAGAUGGCGACGUGGAUGGCGUGCUGCAGAGAGCCAAUGACACAGAGUAUGGCCUGGCCUCAGGCGUCUUCACCCGUGACAUCAACAAGGCCAUGUAUGUGAGCGAGCGGCUGGAGGCUGGAACCGUGUUUGUCAACACCUACAACAAGACCGACGUGGCUUCACCUUUUGGGGGUUUCAAGCAGUCAGGCUUCGGGAAAGACCUUGGAGAGGACGCCCUCCAGGAAUACCUCAAGACCAAAGCAGUGACAGUGGAGUACUGAGCCUCAGACUCUGCUCACAAACUCUGUCUCACUUCGGCGUAAGAAAAGGACUCGUCAGUGUCUGCGUGUCAAACAUCCAGCUUUAUUCUGGACACAUACAGUAUACACAAUGAAACUCCUGAGUUGGAUGUGUUUUGACUGUUGGAAGCCAAACGUCCGUCGAUGUUUCCGGUUCAGUCCGUGCCACCUCCACCAUUCCUUCAUUAACUCGUCUUACUUCAGGAACUUUCAGGCGGUUAUGUCCUGUGUGCUACAGACAAAACCUUUAGUUCUUGGAUUAGACCGAUCUUUAGGGCAAAGGUCACUAUUUUUGAGGGUUUGUACGGGUGCUUUGUAGGUUUUGUGCCAUCAAACGCUUGUAUGGGACUUCACUGCCAAGCUUCAACUGGACUGUCAACAAAGUAUUAAAAGCAAAAGCAAACCACCAUUUAUAUAAAAAUUUAACAGACAAUCUAAUGCAACAAAGUGAGACCUUUAGAUACUUAAUGGAUUUUCAAGACAUUUCUCACAGUCUUUAUUAGUGGAUCACCGUGGCAUGUGGACACAAGCUUAGGGAAAAGCUAGUAAGUCAACCUUGACUUACUUCUUACUACUAAUUGACUUAAGUUGGGCAUAAGAUCAAGGUGUCACUGAAUUGAUACGAUUUUUACCUCUCUUAUUGUGAAAGUUUUAUACACUCAGACUAAUCACUGCCUGGGAGAUCAAGAUUAAACAGUCAGAAAUCCAGAUUUUUGUUAAGUGAAAAAAAGAAAAUGAUCUAACUUGUUUCCGAGGUAACAUACAAAAACAAAGUGGUGGUAGUGAAAGAAAGUGACUCCACAACAGCCAAAUGGAAGUUGGUAAUAUCCUGAUUUUUAGAACCACAUUGACCAGCUUUGGAGGUGGGUAGGUUUUCAUUUUUGUUCCGAACACUACAGACAACUCUUUUUACAAGCUUUCGUUUUUAGUAUAUAUUUUUUGUGCAUCCAAUUUGAGAAGUGGUUGCUUCAUGUCAGAUGUCAGAACCCACAAACACUCCAACAAGAGUGUUUAAGUGUCAUUUGUCUUGAAUAUAUUACUAAAAAUGCAAAAGAAUUUGUCAGCUGUGGUUGAUUGCUGUUUGAAACCUGGUUCAUUCAGAAUUUAGGAUUUCACAUCUCAUGCCAUUCAAAAGAAACGUAUCUACUAAUGUAAAAUAUCCUAUUUAAUUGUCUCUAGAACAAGGUGUAGGGAGACACACUCACUGGUCGUUUACAUCACGUACCUACAGCUGCUUGUUCAAAUGUCCCAGCCAUAGACAUUCAGACUCUCCUCCCUUUGUCGACUUUGACUUUCUUUGUAAAUAUUUUUUUAACAAAAGAGGGGAAAAGGGACUAUUUGAUAUAUUUUUCACAUUGCAUGUGUCCGAGGGAGACUGUAUGUCAUAACACUAUGUCAUAAUUCAUUAAAGACACACCAGUGAGAGGUAUUUAUGCACCAUUAAAAAUAAAAAAAAAUCUUUUGUUUCUUUGUCCCACAUUGCCAGGGAAGGCAGCAAGGGCUAGGAGGCAAGUGUUUCCCUUCAUGAAAAGGUGGAAGCUGCCCUUCCACAAACACUUUGUCUUCAGUCCACAUAUUUUAUUUCUGUUUUAAAUUUACUGUGAAAUGCGCUACUGUCUUGUACAUUACGACUAACUUACUACAGUGCCUAUAAAAGUAUCCCCUCCUCUUG